AUGAGAGUAGAUGGGCGAAAGGUGACAGUGGACGAUAAAGAAUGGAAAAGAAUGCCUGCUUAUAACUCUAGAUACGCCCUUAACGGCGCUAAGGAGCAAAAAGAAAAUGGAAGGCGAAAGGAGAAGUCUGUAGAGGAUGACGAAGAUGGGCAUCUUAUCUAUAAGACAGGAGACGUGCUGCGAUCUCGAUAUGAGGUCAUCAAUACUCUUGGGGAGGGAACUUUUGGGAAAGUGGUGGAGUGUAAAGACAUGCAGAAAAACACUGAUCGCCUGGCCCUGAAGAUCAUCAAGAAUGUGGAAAAAUACAGGGAGGCUGCCAAACUUGAGAUCAAUGUCCUGGAGAAGCUGCGGGAAAAAGAUCCUCACGGCAAAUAUUUGUGCGUCCAGAUGCUGGACUGGUUCGACUUCCAUGGACACAUGUGUAUUGCCUUUGACAUGCUGGGACUUAGUGUCUUUGACUUCCUGAAGGAAAACAAUUAUGUGCCUUACACACUUGAACAAGUUCGACACAUAUCAUACCAGCUAUGCUAUGCUGUCAACUUUCUCCAUGAAAACCAACUGACACAUACUGAUCUCAAGCCAGAGAAUAUUCUGUUUGUAAACUCAGACUUUGAGACAGUUUUCAACCCCAAAAAGAAGAGAGAUGAACGGAGAAUCAAGAACACAGACAUAAAACUGAUCGACUUUGGGUCGGCCACUUUCGACCAUGAACAUCACAGUACCAUUGUCUCCACCCGCCACUACAGAGCCCCUGAAGUUAUUUUAGAACUUGGUUGGGCCCAGCCGUGUGAUGUCUGGAGUAUUGGCUGCAUUAUGUUUGAACUGUACACAGGAUACACCCUCUUUCAGACUCAUGACAACAAAGAGCAUUUGGCGAUGAUGGAGAGAAUCUUAGGCUCCAUGCCUUAUCGCAUGACUAAGAAAACAAAAACAAAUUACUUCUGGCAUGGCCGCCUGGACUGGGAUCCCACCACUUCGUCCGGGCGUUAUGUUAGAGAGAACUGCAAACCUCUCUUUCAUUACCUGAGAGACAAGGGCCAAGAUCAUAUUCAAGUCCUAGAACUGGUGGAGCAGAUGCUAGAGUACAUCCCUGAGCAACGGGUUUCCCUAAAAGAAGCACUCAGACACCCACUCUUUGAGUCCAUUCGACAUAAAGAACGAGAGAAUACUUUGAUGAGCGUCCCUAAAGAUAGUGAACCCUCCGAUGCCUCAGCUAAUUCUAGUAGUGCUAACCUGAAUGAGCUUGCUAGUAAUGAUACCUCCUUACAGCCUAAUGGUGUUGCUUCUAAUACUUCUGCAAAUACUGAUUUAAAAGUGGGGGAAGGGGAAGAGGUGGGUGUAGGAGAAUUAGCAAAAAAGGAAGCCGAAGUCAAGGUAAACAAGAUAAACAGUGGAACAACAGACAGUUCUAUGCCCACCGAAUCCAAAGCAAAAGAGGAAACACAUGGAGAAUUCUCUGGUCUUGCUGCAGCUGAUUCAAAACGUGAUAGGUUCACAAAGUUUGGUAGAUAUCACACUAUGGAGGAUCCUAUGGAUUUGAGUGCAUUUCAGGAAUUGGAAGAAAAUGUGGAUGCUACUGAUGGUGCUGCACGGAAGCCGAAGAAUGAAGACUCUAGUGAUGUGGUGAAACCAGAAGCUAACACCAGUAAACCAGAGGCUAAUACCAGUAAACUAGAAGCCAAUACCAGUAAUGCUAAUGAUAAACCAGUUGGUGUGAUGGGACGUCAUAGAGCAGCUCAUCAAGAUACACUGAAACAGGCUAAGAGCUUAGACUAUGGAGAAUUAGGACGAGUUGAUUUUGAGCCUGAAGAAGUGCCUAGGAAUGUACUGGACCGACCUAUACCUAGACAAAGGACUGAAUCAAAAGGUGAGGCACCAGUGACAGCAAGAAGAAGGCGCAGGGAGAAGCAGUUUAGAGAAAAGACACCACCCUCUGGACAGAAACCUUUAGAGAGCUCUUUCGAUGAUGAAGUUUUUGAUCAAUCUGUCUCUCUAAAGGUAGGAGAUGUAACAGGAUCUGUCCUGAAUCCAGGUGCCUCAGAGUUUGUACCAAAAUCCACUUAUGUCCGCCGCUUGCCACAUGAAAUCCUUGAAUUAGAAAAAGAAAGGAAUGCCAAAAUGCAGAAGUUUAAAUCAGAGAGAGCUGAAAAUAAAUCUCUGAGCCUUCCAGAUAUGAAGUUCCCUACUAAGGACAAGCUGACUACACAGGAAACACAGACGUCACAUGACCGCGUGACACGGAUCUUCAUGGAAAAAAGUACUCAGACUCCAGAGAGUUUUUACCCUCCUAUCCCAACACAUGAUAAAGCCAUUGAUGCAAAUCAGUUUUCUGAUGGUCCGCCAUCGGUGGCUAGUACUUGGUCAUUUGAUUCUGUAGCAGACCUCAGUAUUGACCUAAAUGAUUCCAGUGAAGCCCUGCAUCCAGAGACAGAAGUUUCCAGUCUGUCAGGAACACAAGCCAGUUCUCACAUUUCAUCAAAAGGUCAAAACCUAGUCAAAGCUGGAGAAAAGCAGUCAGAGAUGUUGGUGACCUCAGGACACAGGAUACCAGAACCAAUCAGCAAAUCUCAGGCAACACUGACUUCCCCAUCAGCAGUGCCAGGAACUGGACAGACAGAAAAGAAGCCAGGAGUCGAUGCAAAAUCUGUCCCUAGUCCUGCAGUAAAUAAAACUGUGCAGCCCCAGAAUACAUUUAGCAGAAUUUUGGAGCAGCCAGUUGUCACUUCAGUUCAACCUAAACAACAGAUUCAAAUGGAUAAUCCUCAAGGAAACUUUAUUACUUUGGAGAGUCCAGUUGUGACCUUACCAGUUAACAAGGCUCCGCCGCCUAUUAGAGAACCUGCGAAACUGAACCAAGCCACAGCAGUAACUGCAAAACCAUCUGGGCCGACUCUUGCUCAAGGGCAGACAAUCCAGAUUCCAAGUCCCCAGCCUGUCAUGACAUCUCAAUCCCAACAAUCUUCAGGGGAAAGUCAGAAUAAGGCAGCUGUUGUUAAGACAGUGGCACCAGUUCCCAUGGACACUGCAGGACAGGGGCAAGUAUGGAAUGAAGUUCAAGGUGUGGAUUCUGGCAAUGAGGUGGUGCUGCCCAAACUGGAAAAAGCCAGAGCCCGUCGCAGACGCAGGAUGGACAGAAAGAAAAAAGUGGAUGGAGAUGGAACUGGUUCAGAGGGACAUGGCGAAAGCGUCAAUGAUUUGGCUUCAGAAACCACAGACACAUCAACAGAAGCAUCAGUCUCAGGCAGAACACCAGAAGAAAAAAAAAAGUCCAACCAGGCAAACACUGUGAAUGCCAGUGAUGGUGUCAACCUCGGUUCUGGGGGAAUUGCCAGGAGAAAUUUACCCAUAGACAGCGAUAACUCUGAUAUAUUUGUUUUAGCUUCCGAUAACAUGGAGAGCAACAGAUGA